CCUAAAUUCGGGUCUCCCUCAGAUUCCGCUCUGGCUAAUUUGGUCAGCUAUCAGUUUUUUUUUCCAAUCUCAUUUUCGACUUUCCUCUGUAAAUUGAUAACGAGUUUCUGAAAUGGAACAAAGUACUUGUAUCCCCUCACUGUAUGCAGGCGCCCACCUGCCGUUUUCUGCGGGCUGCGCUGCUGCUAGCUCGGACUACAUUAGAAGUAGGAAAUGAUGUGGAGCUUAUCACUUGCCUCAUACUUUUCGGUGUCGAUAAACAAAACCAGGAAGUGAAACCGUAACACGGGCCAACAGAGAAAGUUUGAAGUUUUUAAUUUCAUUAUUCAAUACCAUUUGUGAUGUCUGGCCGAGCCCCUGUCAGAGAGCUGGGAAUUUUAUUUCAGAAGAUGUUCAAAUACUAUCGUUAACCUGUGGACAAUAGGAACGUGUCUGUCGGUAGCGUUGGAGCACGCACAGCUCUCACCCCGGAGGCGUCUGUGCGUCUGAUUCACCGGUCACUUGCAGGGACUGGCUACAUCGUCGAUUAAUUGUCUCAUCACAUUGGUGAUAACUUGACUAUAGCUGCAAGUGAAUCGAUUCUUCUUGUAAAACGGCUCUCCUAAACCGUACUCAAAAUCAAUGGACAACAUCGACACGUUAAGGUGGUCUGCGCAAAAUAGAGGGCUCAAGGAGAUACCGGAAGUACUAAUGUUAUGUGUCUGUGUGUAGUUUGACUAAGGUCAUAUUUCUCGGCCGGAUCUUCCAUCCCGUGUGUCUUCCUCUUAAUUAGCUAUGCCUUAUGAUUAUGGAGCUCGUGCAGUGUCUCGGCAGCAUUCGCGCCCCAUGUUUCCGUUCUAGUGUACCUUUUACACUCACUGGAGCCGGCAGGUAGCCGGGCAGGUGCGUCAGCGGUAUGCGGUCUGAUGUAGAGUACAGCCCGGUGGGAGAGGGGCUGGGGCUGGGGAUGCGGGACUUCUGGCUCUACGUGUGGCUGCGGAGGGCGGCGGUGAUAGCUGCUCAUGUCACCGGCCUGGGCCUGACCCUCACCAUCUCCCUACUGUCCAGACCUGGAACCAGUCUGUUUUCCUGGCAUCCAGUGGGUAUGUCUGUUGCAUACUGCCUGUGUAUGACUGAAGGCAUCCUCCUCUUCUCAGCUGAGCAGUCUCCCUUCUGCUUCAGAUCUCGCAAAGGGAAAGUUCGUUUCCACUGGUUCUGUCAGGCUCUGGUCCUGAUAGCUGCAGCCACUGGGCUGGGCUUUAUAGUGGCCAGCAAGAACGUGCCAGAGCUCCCCCACCUGGUCACCUGGCAUAGUUGGCUGGGCAUCUGCACCCUGGCCACCACUGGGCUCCAAGCAGCUUGCGGUAUUUGUGUGAUCUUCCCAAAGCUGCUGCGUCUGUCCUCCCCUCCACCCAAACUAAAGCUGUACCACGCUACUUGCGGACUGGUGGUCUACCUGCUGGCUACAAUGACUGUGGUGUUGGCCAUGUUCUCAGACUGGUUCCAGGCCAUAGUGAAAGGGGUCGCCUGGUGGGCAUUCCUCCUGCUGCCACUUUUCCCUGCCCUGGUGGUAAUGAACCAGAUCACAAAUGCCUACCUGCCCCGCAAGAAGAUCACCAACUAGGAAGCACAGAAGAUGAGACGAUGUGCUUUGUUCACUCAGUGGCCACAUUAGAUUUACAUUAAGUCAAAUCAAAUUUUUAUAGCCCAUUAUCAUGAAUUUGCCUCAGAGUGAUUUAUAGUCUAUACAGUAUAUGUCAAAUCAGAUAAAGGAAAAACACCCCCCAAACAUUUUUUGAGUAAGUUUGGCUGCAAAUCUGUGAUUGUGUUUAUUGGUAUUGAUUAAGAGAGAAAUAUACAGCUCUAGCAGCAGACAAUGUAAAUCAGUGCCACUGGAGGUAGAAGGUAUGUGAGAGGUGCAGCUGAGGCCAGGACACUAGACAGAGCAGUUUUUAAGUCACUGGCACAUUUUUCAUCAGAGCUAGUCGCAGAAAUUAAAGUUGCCAGGACCAUUGGCAGGCAGCUGCUUACCAAAAGCAAGUUGAUGGACCAUUAUGUCAAAUGGUUAUAUACCGUUGCACAAACAGUAGUAGUAAUGGUGCUAAUGUUGCUUCAGAUUUGAUAAGAAAGUGAUCCUGUGAAACAGGACUAGGUUAAGGGUGCCACUGCAGUGGGUGGGUUCUCACACAAACUGUAAAACCAAAAAUUUGAGUGAGUGAUAAAUAAGCUUUACGUAAAGGAUCACCAACCUUAUUCAAGUGAAUACUGGGGUCCCCCUCCAAUUGGAACCUCAUCAGAAUGAGCAACAAGAUCUGAGAUGAAUUCACCUGAUUCUUCUAAAGGUUGUUAGUAAGGGCCUGGUGGUCUGUAAGAUGGAAUGGGUGGAAUUGGCCACCCUGGAUACAGCUAUUUUAUAGCCAAUGGAGAUGGCUUUAUUACAAGAGUUUCAAAAGAGUUGAAAGUAAUAUCAAGUUUGGAGGUUAAUGUGAGAAUAGACUUGUGAAUUAAGGCAACACCACCACGUUUAGUAGCCCAGGCAACAUGGGCAUUGGUAGGGUAUGGAUAUUGUGUGCACAGAUAUUCAAAGUUGUAACCCCUGGAACCUGUGUACUUCAAUAGACAUGUUUUCUAUGGAACUGGCAUCUAGUGGCUAGUAAAAGCUUAAAAUGCUGCAAAUUUGGCAUCUUCAAGCUCUGGAUCACACUGAAAUACAAAACCCAGAGGAAUUUUUAAAGAGUUUAAUGACACUAUGCACUGGUUGUCAUGUAAAAUUGACACGAUACAGAGGACAUAAUGGAUCCUGACAGAUGACCGGAGGCAAGCCCAUAACUAGAGCUGGUGGACACUUCUGAACAACUUUCAUCCAUUGCCUCUCCUGAGGAAUAUUUGCAUUAUCUAUGUAGUAAAAGCAAACAUCUCAAAGACAUUGUGUGUAGACUGGUUGAAGCACCUAUUGCUGUUUGUGUGAGGAUGCAGCUUUGGCAAUGAAGGUCCUGUGGAUGAUUCUAAACCAGUCUGCAAAUUUUGUUUAUUCAUAUAUGAUUUUUUUGUGUUGUGUCUUGUCCACUUAUGGGUGCUGCAUAAAUCAUUUUAAUAUUAAAGCAGAAAUUAAACAGCAGCUAAAGAGACAAGAUAUUUGUCAGUUGGGCACAAACACAACUACAAAUGAAUGCUAAUGUUGCUUUGUGUCUGCUGGAUGUGUAAGUAUAAAUAGGAACUGUUUGUUAAUGUUAGCCGUAACGUCAUUAGG